AUGGAUUUUACUAUUUUUAAAAAUGAUAAAAAUUUAUCAUUAAAUGGAGUAAACAAAAUAGUUGGUGAUGUCUAUAAGGACAACUUAGACUACUUGAUGAGGAAAAAUAAGAGUGAAUUAGAAAGAAGAGAAACUGAUAAAUUUAGUUACGAAAUUGAAGUAUUUUUAAAUUCUUUGGAUGGAGAAGAAACAAGAUUAUAUGAAGAAAAAGAUAAAAUAAAGGAGUCAUUUCAAACUAUUGCAUUGCAGUUAAAAAAUGUGAAGCGAUCUAUCAUUAAAACGGAUGAAUAUGUAGAGAAUAAGGUAAAAGGAGUCAUGUUAAAAAAUUCUCAAAAAAUAUUUGAAGCUUUUAAAAAGGAUAUUAAUAAUUUAUAA